AUUCAGGACAUUCAGGACAUUCAAAGCUCGAGCACAGCGCUACACAACAACAAAACACUUCUGUUCAUCAAAGAUAUUUUCCAUAAGGUUUUACCUUGAAAAUGGGAGAAAUUAUUGAGGAACCAAAGCAAGCAUUAAAUGUGGUCUUACUGGGAAAAACAGGAUCUGGGAAAAGUGCUUCAGGAAACACAAUCCUGGGACGACCAGCUUUCAUAUCAAAGAAAAGCUCAAAAUCUGUCACACAAGAUGUUGCUGAAGAAUCCGGAACUGUCUGUGGAAUAUCCGUCACUGUUUAUGACACACCAGGAUUCUUUGACACAGAGAUGAAAGAGGAAGAUAUUUGGCUGAAAUAUGAACCUUUUUUCCAGAAAUGUGAAUCAGGCCCGUGUGUGUUUCUGCUGGUCAUCAGAGCUGACAGAUUCACUAAAGAAGAGAGAGAAACCGUGAAGAAGAUUGAGGAGCUGUUGGGACAAAACCGCAUAAAGAACACCUGGAUUCUCUUCACCAGAGCAGAUGAACUGGAAGAAGAAAACAUGACAAUUAAAGAAUUCAUCAGUGAAACUGAAUCCUUGAACAAACUUGUUUACCAAAAAUAUGAUGGGAGAUACAUCACCUUCAACAACAAGAGCAAAGAAAAAAAUAACCAAGCUAAUGUGCUGAUUGGAAAACAUAUCAUGAGUCCACUUCCGAGAACUGUAUCAGAAGAACAAAAUAAAAGCAACCUGGUCAACAUCCAAGACACUCCUGCUGAGAGUCUCCCGGACAGAAGACUUGUUCUCCUGGGGAAGAGUGGUGUUGGAAAGAGCGCAGCUGGAAACACAAUACUGGGACAGAAAGUGUUUAAAUCUCAGAUGAGCAUGAGUUCAGUGACCCGUGAAUGUUCAGAGAAACACGGCAAUAUUUCAGACAGAAAUGUGUCUGUAGUUGAUACACCUGGAUUAUUUGAUACAGUCAUGAAUCAUGAAGAGUUAAUGACAGAGAUAGCGAGAAGUGUUUAUGAAUGCAGUCCUGGACCGCACGCUUUUCUCAUUGUGUUUCCUCUGAAUCAAAGAUUCACUGAACAGGAAGAACAGAUUCCUCAGAUGAUUGAAACACUGUUUGGAGAGGAAGUGUUGAAAUACUCCAUCAUUCUCUUCACUCAUGGAGAUCUGUUAGAAGAGUCCGUAGAUAAACUCAUUGAGGAGAACAGUAGAUUAAGAUCUGUAGUUGAUCAGUGUGGAGGCAGAUAUCACGUGUUUAAUAAUAAAGAGCUCAAUAACAGAGAUCAGGUGACUGAACUACUGCAGAAGAUUGACACAAUGAUACAGCAGAAUGGAGGAGGACAUUACACUAAUCAGAUGUAUCAAGAUGCUCAGAGAUUUAAACAAGAGGAGGAUGAGAAGGGAUGGAGAGAGGAAGAACAGAGAAAACCUGAAAGCAGUGGAUUUAUAAACUUCUUGUCCAAGUAUUUAACUCGAUUUCUUAAAGCAGCUUGUGUAGUUCUUGGUGCAGUUGUUGGUGCAGUUGUUGGUGCAGCUGUUGGUGGUAAAGCUGUUGGUGGUAAAGCUGUUUGUGCAGCUGUUGGUGGUAAAGCUGUUGGUGGUAAAGCUGUUUGUGCAGCUGUUGGUGGUAAAGCUGUUGGUGGUAAAGCUGUUUGUGCAGCUGUUGGUGGUAAAGCUGUUGGUGGUAAAGCUGUUUGUGCAGCUGUUGGUGGUAAAGCUGUUGGUGGUAAAGCUGUUGGUGGUAAAGCUGUUUGUGCAGCUGUUGGUGGUAAAGCUGUUGGUGGUAAAGCUGUUGGUGGUAAAGCUGUUUGUGCAGCUGUUGGUGCAGGUCUUGUUGGUUCAAAAAAUCCUGACAAGUAACACUUUCACAAAGUUUGUAUGUCAGGUACAUUGGUUAUUAAAAAAAAUCCUCUGCAUCUAAAGAAGAUAUGUACCUUGAUCUGCACCUUAAAAUCUGAGUGUGUCUUCAAGUUCUUUUUAAUACACAAGCUUAAUUUCAAUUAAUUUGAUCCAUAAACUUUAAGGAAAAUUAUUAUAAACAAAAAUCUUAAAUAAUUAGACAAUAAAGCCAUAUGUUUAACCAGAUUUACUCUGAAUUAGAGUUUGUUGUAACUGCUCUACAAUCUUUAAUCUGAUGAGUGUGAUAUAAUAAGAGUACAUAAGUCACUGAUUUGAUCAUUCAGAGUAUCUCAUAUACACUGCAUCAAAUGUACAGAUAAAAAAGAACAAGUAACAAACUUUCAGUAAUGAGAGAAACUGCAUAACAAGGAAUGGCAAUCAUGUGCAUCAUCCGGUAUUCAAGGGAUCAGAAGUCCAUUUAUUAAAGGCACACGAGUCACAAGUCUCUGAAUCGCACCCCGGCCCUGGUUCUAUUGUUGCUCUACAAACCUUUUGUUCUGUCUUGUACUUUUAAUUUAGAACUUGGUAUUGCAGCACCUCUAAUAUCGGCAUUUCCUACAUCUGUAAUGUAAUGCAUCAAUCAAUGUAAAAGCAUGUAACAUACUGUAGAACAUGUUUGAUGGUUUUUGUGGUGAAUAAAA